AUGAGCAGUUCCUGUGUGACACUGGCCGAGGUCCUGUGGGCAAAAGGAAGCCCUUUGGAAGAAGAAGAUAUAUGGGCACUCUUGUACCUUGCCACAGUGCAGCUUCUGGAAGACCUUCACAAAGACCUUGCCAUCUGUGUGCUUUGUCCAUGGUCAGUACUACUGUCUGCUGAAGGAAAUUUGUCCUUCCAAAACAAUGCAUCUCAGACAGAAGCUACCCCUUUCAGCGCACCAGAAUUACUUCACAGGCAGAACAAAAACCAGCGCAUCGGACUACCAAAGAUGUUGGUGUAUUCCCUAGGAAUGACCCUCUACUGGUCAGCAGAGUAUCAGGUUCCACCAAACCAGUCCCUCCAGCUCAGUGACCAACUACACAGUCUCUUGCUGACGCUAUGUGAAGAUCUGCCACAUAAAAGACUUUCUCCUGAAUCAAUUCUGGAAGCGUGUGAGGCACAUCAGAAGGAAUCUUCUUCCUUACCAGUAAAUGUCUACAUAAAGAAAAUGGUCCAGUUUGUGGUGGGAAGUGUCAGUGAGGUAGAACGAGUAGCCGCUGAAGACAGCACAGCCUCUCAGCUUAACAGAAGUCAUGUCAUAAGGAGAAGACUACAUGAGAAAAUCCCGGACGCUUCACCACUGUCCUCCCAGAUGAAUCUUCACCGAGACAAUGGAUCCAGAUUAAUGAAUUAUAGCCAGUCAGCAGAAGAUUACAGACAACUGUCUGUGGACUACAGUGACUCUAACAGUAUUUCAGAAAGUACAUCUUUGAUACUAUCUAACCGAGGACACAGGAAAGGCAAUAAACCUAACAUCCACCACAUCAGUUAUCUGCAACAAGGUAUGCACACCAAGUGGUUCAUCUAUGCUUUCAGAUCCUUGAAGCAGAAAAAAAUGACUAAAUGUCUGCAAGUGUUUUCAGGUCCAGAAUUUAUUAUUCUGUCUAGUGAACCACCAGUGACCUUACAGCUGCCUGGAUCAAUUGUGACUAAAAAAGGAAAAUCCUAUUUGUCCCAAAGGGAUCUCAACGUGAUUCUACUCAACGGGCAGUGCCUUGAGGUGCAAUGUGACAUCAAGUCCAAGGCAAGAGAUGUUUUCAAUACUGUGGUGGCAUACGCAAACUUGGUGGAACAUUUCUACUUUGGCUUGGCUUACCUGAAAGGUAAAGAGUUUUUCUUUUUGGAUGACGAUACCAAGCUCUACAAAGUGGCUCCAGAAGGCUGGAAUGACCAACCCAAGAAGAAAACUUCCAUCAUUAACUUCACCCUCUUUUUGAGGAUAAAAUUCUUUGUCAACCACUUUAAUAUCAUCCAGCACGGCUUGACAAGACAUCAGUUUUACCUGCAGCUUCGUAAAGAUAUUUUGGAGGAGCGAUUAUACUGCAGUGAUGAGACUGCCCUGAAGCUCGGUGCUUUGGCCUUACAGGCAGAGCUUGGCAAUUAUGCUUCUGAGGUACACGGAAAGAGCUAUUUUCGUGUUGAAGACUACAUUCCAGCAAGCCGAAUAGAGAAAAUGACCCUGGCCUAUGUACAGCGAGAGCUUGCUAAACUACACCGUAUGAAUCGCUCCCUAUUUGAGGACGAAGCUGAACUAGAAUUUUUGAAGGUGACUCAGCAGCUUCCUGAAUAUGGAGUGCUAUUCUAUCGUGUGUCCCAAGAGAAGAAAGGAGCAGGAGGGGAUAUCAUCCUGGGAAUCUGUGCCAAAGGCAUCAUUGUAUAUGAGGUCAAAAAUCACACAAGAAUUGCCAGUUUAAGAUUCCAGUGGCGUGAAACAGAAAGAAUUUCAGCUCAUAGAAAAAAAUUCAUGAUUGAAAGUAGCUUCAGUGGCAAGAAACACACAUUCAUUACUGAUACAGCAAAGACAUGUAAAUAUCUACUGGACCUCUGCUCAGCCCAACACAAAUUCAAUGCACAGAUGAACUCUAGGCAACUUCAUCAAACUUCAUCAGAGGAAAGUAAAUUUAUGGAAAUAGACAAAUCAAACUCUGCAUAUGCAGCUCAGCAUGAACACCUUGCCCUGAUUCAGAGACUGUCUCGUUCAGAGAAUGUGCUUUAUGGGGCAAACCUGGAAAACCUUUCUGCUGGGAUGAUGAGCAAGUCUUGUGAUAACCUCAGCGUGGAAACCAGGAACAGGACUAGAGACAAAAGCAAUCUUGCCAGAUCCACAUCAGGGCUAUCCCAGUCAGAAAUGCACAUCAAUUUGAAUGGAAAACAAAGGAGUUAUGACUACCUCUCUAUCCACUCAACUCAGAACACAAUCAGUGCACCUGGAUCACCAGCCAUCCAAAAAGAAGUUUUACUAAGCAGUCUAGAAAGAGAAAUCAUUUGUGUCAGCCUAAAACGUGACCCUAAGAAUGGCUUUGGUUUUGUAAUUAUUGGAGGAGAAAAUGUAGGAAAAUUAGACCUCGGUAUCUUUAUCGCUUCAAUUAUCCCUGGGGGACCUGCAGACAGAGCUGGAAAUAUCAAACCAGGGGGACGACUCAUCUCUGUGAAUAAUAUUAGUCUUGAAGGUGUUUCAUUCAAUACUGCAGUUAAAAUUAUACAGAAUUCUCCUGAUGAAGUGGAGCUGAUCAUCUCUCAACCCAAAGACAUAUAUGAAGAAGGAUUAAAUGAAGAAAAGAGUCUAUCAAGGGGAAACAGCACUAGUGGAUCUGAGAUCUCUUGUGUAGACAGUGGGAGAAAAAAGAUUCAAGAUUGUCAUACAGCUCUCCCCAAAGAAAAGGACCCAAAUAUAGAUGAACUUGAGAAGGCUCUUUCCUGGAGUUUAGCACCAAAAUUGGGCCCCAGGAUUCCAGUUCUUUCAUCUGAUAGCCUGGAUGUGGAGGAAGCUGAUUCUUCACACUUACCACAUCCAGCUGAAACCAUCUCCAAUGAAAUCUAUACCGUGGAGCUUGUUAAAGAAGAUGGGACUUUUGGAAUCAGUGUGACUGGUGGAAUUAACACUAGUGUACCUCUUGGUGGGAUAUAUGUGAAGUCAAUCAUUCCCAGGGGACCGGCAGAUAAGGACGGACAAAUAAAGAUAGGUGAUCGUCUGCUGGAAGUAGAUGGAAUCAGCCUCUGUGGCCUCACGCACAAGCAGGCUGUGGAAAACCUUAAGAAAUCUGGCCAGAUUGCCAAGCUGGUUCUAGAAAGGGGACACCACCCACCGGCAGAGCCAUGCCUGAGUGCUAAUGACAGAAAGGAAGACCAAUGUGCAGUUGUUUCUGUAGCAACAUCCUUCACAGACGGUACCAAGGACUACUGCUUUUUGACAGAUGACAAUAUAUUUGAAGUCAAUUUGACAAAGAAUUCUGGAGGCCUUGGCUUUAGUGUUCUGCAAAUGGCAGGAGAUGGUUGUGAACACCUCGGAGGAGCUAUUGUCAGGAUCAAAAGACUGUUUCCAGGGCAGCCAGCUGAAGAGAAUGGAGAAAUUGAAGUUGGAGACAUCAUUUUAGCUGUGAAUGGGACACCUACUCAAGGACUCUUGUAUCAGGAUGUCCUGCACUUGUUGAGAGGAGCUCCACCAGAAGUCACACUACUUCUCUGCAGACCACCAAAAGGUGUUCUUCCAGAAAUAGAGCAGAGUGUCCUGACUCCAGCACCAUCUCCAGUUAAGGAGUUUGUGGCAGAGAUGCCUGGCAGUCCAGAGGUAGGAAAUAGUUUGGACCGGUCUACCAGUGAUGGAGGUAGCACCUCUCCAGACCUCGAAGAUUGUUUGGAUUCUCCAGUGGCAGCAGAUUUCAGUGAGCCUCCAGAAGAAGACAGCUCAACUUACGAAGAGCAAGAAGCAGAAUCUCAAGAUAAGCCCAUACAGAGACUUAUGCCUCCUAGGGAAAGUUCUUAUAAGGACCUUUGGAAAUAUCAUCAAGAAGCUGCCAAUUCUGAAGUGUUCCACUCCCUGGAGGAAGAAGUGAAGCAGAACUGCUACUCACCAUGUGAACUUGGAUGUGCUGAAAGCCCUGUAUUUAAUAAGGGUGAUGAUGACCUGUCGAACAGAAUCUGUAUGCCUGAAAUUCUCUCUCUAACCCCUAUUGAUGAAGAGCAUCUCGCCAUCAGCUCAACAUCUGUGACCUCACUUUCACGUGGAGGAAGCUCUGAGACACUCUCCGCAGCCUUGGCGACACCACAACCACGUGUUUGUGGCCCUUUCUCCUCAUCCCUGCCUGCUAGAGAGACACAUGGCAGUGACAAUGAAUGGGAAGACAUGGAGGAACCAGAGGAAGAGAAGGACAAAAAGGAGGAUUGCACUAGGGAAAUGGAGGUCUUUGUGACUUUGACAAGGUCGGAGAACAACGGUUAUGGAUUCUCAGUGGUUCUUAACAAAGUGGACAACUGUCUGUAUGUUGAUGAAAUCUUGCAUGAACCUGCCCUGUCUGAUGGAAGGCUGAGAAGGGGAGACAGAAUCAUUAUGGUGAAUGGAAUCAAUGUCACAUCUUUACCAUGCAAUGAAGCUCUGACUUUACUGCACAACUCUCCUCCUGAUCUGCACCUUGUGGUUGGCCGUGCUGGCAGCGAUCCGUGUCCUGCUCUUAGGCCAGAUGACAUUCCUGAAAUUACUCUCACAAAAGGUGCCAACGGACAGCUAGGCUUGAAGCUGACAGGAGGAGCUGGAAGCAAGUUACAAGGUAUUUAUGUGCUAGAGAUAGUGCCUGGCUCCCCUGCCAGUGUGGAAGGCAGUCUGCAGCCACAAGAUCAGAUUCUGUACAUCUGUGGGCUGUGGACUGAGGGCAUCAGCCUGGAUGAUGCAGUGAGAGUGUGUGAAGCUGCCACCCAGAAUGUCCAAAUCAAAGCGACAAGAAAUGGCAAGCCAGUGGUUCCUAUAGAGCAAGAAAAUAGGCCACCUGCUGAGACAGAAAAAGCCAAUAUUUCUCUCUCAAAUGAAAACCUGAGCUCUCAAGAACAGCAACUACCACAUCAACACGAGGAACAUCUGAAGGAAACAAACUGUGGUACUCAGCAAAGCACUCCCGACCCUCCAGAAUGCAAGGCAAGUGACAAUUUUAUCAAGUGCAAGGUGGUCCAUCAAGAUUUAGUUAUUAAGAUUGAAUUGGAAAAAGCAGAAAAUGGAAGCCUAGGAUUUGCACUGGUAGGCGGCAGAAAUGGCAGGGCUAUCCUAAUAAAAGCCAUCAGCCCAGACAGCAUUGCAGAUCUGGAUGGGAGGCUGCAAGUCGGUGACAUCUUACUUAAGGUGAAUGACACUUUAGUGUCUGGUCUACCACGCCAAACUGUUAUAGAUUUGCUGCGCAAGGCUCGAGGCACUGUUCAACUCACUGUUUGCCGAAGCAUGGCUUCACGUGCGGCUUAUGCAGGCAACCAGAGCAAUAAUGUACCUUCCCCUCCAAACACAAAAGCAGAGCCCAAUGACAACAGUUCUGAGAGAAGCCUAGGAGCACAGUCUGUUUUCACUUUCAAGGAAGAAGAAUCCAGCCAGAUGUGCAGCAAGGGUCCAGAAAGCACGCACGGUUUCCCUCUGCAAGGUCAAUUGGAUGGACAAGACUAUCAGGAUAUCAUCAGUAACACUUCAGACAGAGAACAAGAUUGA